AUGGUGAAUGUGCACAGUGCGCCCCAGCAUGCGUUGUCAGCACGGUCUGUGCCCUGGGGCGCUCAGCAGGCCACAUGGAAGUGUUUCCUCUACUGCAACGGGCUCAUGGACCAUCUGUACGUCUGCCAGAACGGCAACGGCUGCACCGCGUGGUACAAGGCCCCCACCCGCUUCACCGGCACGCUGGAUGCCUUCGUGAAGAUCACACGCUACGAGGGCAUCAGGUCUCUGUGGAGCGGCUUGCCCCCCACCCUGGUCCUGGCUGUACCAGCCACCGUCAUUUAUUUCACCACCUACGACCAGCUCCGAGACUACCUGCACGCUCGGACGGGGAGCCGGGGGCACCACAUCCCCUUGCUGGCUGGGGGCGUGGCUGCGGUGCUGACGCUGCCCUUCGAUGUGGUGAAUACCCAGCGGCAGAUCGAGCUGGGAGACAGCGAAGUGCGCCCAGUCACAGCCUCCAAGCCUUCUUCCACCUGGCUGCUCAUGCGGCGCAUCCGCGCCGAGUCUGGCACCCGGGGGCUGUUUGCAGGCUUCCUGCCCCGUGUCAUUAAGGUGGCACCCGCCUGCGCCAUCAUGAUCAGCACCUACGAACUCGGCAAGACCUUCUUCCAGAAGCUGAACCAGGAGCGGCGGCUGCCCCUGCUCUAG